ACAAAAAAAAGUCAUCUUCUCUUGGGUUUUUUUUUUAUCGAGAACCUACUUCCCUAAAACCCUAAACCCACAGAGAUGCUCCAAAUGCUUAGACGAGCUUCGACUGCUCAAAAAUUGGGUCCAGGAAUGCACUUCAUCCAAUCCUGGAAUUGAAGGCUAAGAAAACUAUAUAGCAGAAGAAAGAGAAUUCAAAGUGUUUAAGCUGCAAAAUGUUACCUAACUAUAAUUCCUUUCACCAAAAUUCCGGCCAAGCUCACCCGGCCGGCGGUAAUGGUGGUAGCUCUGCUCCAUCUCCUCAACAGCAGCAGCAGGGUAUGCCAUUUAAUCCAUCACUUGCAAAUUCAUGUAAUAUGUUGCCACCUUCGAUGGGACCUCAGCCUGGUUUCAUGAAUUUAUCUAACAAUCUUCUUCCGAUGCAAAAUAACCAUAUGCGUGUGCCCAUGUCGCAAUUUGGUUCCCUUGGUCCCAUAUCUCAACCAGGUUAUCCUAGUGUUGGAUUUUGUGGUCCACAGAAUAAUGCACUCAAUAUGAACUUGGCUGCUUCCUAUCCAUUUAACGGGCAGUUCUGCAAUAUGGGGCAGAAUCUCAAUCAAGUAAAUCAAAAUAUGGGUUUUCUACCUGGUCAAUUGUUUGGAAAUAAUCUGUUGAAUUUACAGCAGAUGAAUCAAAAUAUUGGGCCAUAUGGGCAAUUCUGUCCGCCAAAUCUGUUGAAUAGGAAUCAGGUUGUGCCAAUGCAAAUGCAAAUGCAAAGCCCUUGCCAAGGUGGUCCUAAUUUUGCAUUUGGGGGAUCAAAUCAAGCACCUCAGGCUGCAGUUCUGCAAAAUCCUGCUUUUUUUGCAACUCCUAAUUCUGGUAAUGUGCACUCUCCAAAUCAGGCCGGACAACAAAUCAACCAGAAUCAGCAAAACAACGUCUUCCGAGGGACACAGGGAAAUCAUAUAAAAGCUGGUGGCGUUUACAAUUCGAAUUCUGACAGAAAAACUUCGCCAAGCAAAAAUUUUAUAAAGCAUCCAAAACGAGGGUUGCAACCGCAAGGGGGAUUUCAGAAGUCUCAGUUUCAUCAAAUCAAAAAUGCAAAGGGAAAGUUUGCUUUUGCCAACAGGCAAAACAGAAAAGCAGGGCUAAGCAAUGAGAAGGAAGGAAAAUCUGCUCUUCCCGACUCUAUGAAUCAAGGCAGGGAAAGGAAAAGAUCUCUUUCUUUGUCCUAUACGGAACAAGAAGUUCAACUGUGGCGUGAAGGACGUAGGAAGAACUACCCAUCAAACACCAACAUAGAGAAGAAGCUAAGUGAAAAGAUGAUAGACUCGGAGGCCAUUGAGAGAGAGGCCAAAGCACGAAGGGAGCAACUCAAGGAGAUUCUUACAAAGCAGGCUGAGAUGGGAGUUGAAGUCGCUGAGAUACCAUCUCACUACCUCUCAGAUUCAGCAAAACAAGGGAAUGGAAGAGAGGAGAAUAAGUCAUGGACUAACAAUCGGAGAUCACAAAACAAGUUCGUUAAGAGAGACAGAUAUGAUAAGAAGGACCGGUUUGCAAAGAGGCAAAGAUCAGGUCAGAAGGAUUCAUCUAAUGACCCUUCAUUCAGCAAAAGGGAGCCAACCUUACUGCAGAAACUUCUUAGUUCAGAUAUCAAGAGAGAUAAAAGUCGCUUAUGCCAGGUGUUUAGGUUCAUGGUGACGAACUCUUUCUUUAAAGAUUUUCCUGACAAACCUUUGAAAUUUCCUACUGUAGUAGUUAAAGAAAGUGUGGUGGGGGAAGGUGUGGUUGAAGAUUUGUCUUCAGUUGCCGGGAAAGGUGCUUAUGGGGGCCGUGACAAGUCCAUGUUUGAAAAAGUUGGUAACAAUGAUUAUAAAGAUUGUUGUCGCAAUGAUGAUUGUGUUGAAGAUGAGGAAGAAGAGGGAGAGAUCAUCAACUAGAAAUGCUACUCCUUUUAUUGCUAAAAGAAAUGCUCCUUGAGUUGAUUAUUUCUGUCUCUUUCGUCAUACAGAAAUGUAAUAUAUGAUUUUGUUUCUUCUCUUGCUAAAUUUGAAUCAUUCACAGAAAAGAAAAGUCCCAAGAGGGCUACACCUUACCCCAAAACAUAUUUCCCUUACACGUCCAAUUUCACCCUUGAUUGAUAGAGUGGAUGAAAUUGGAUGCCACCUAGUUAGAUAUCAUUCAGAGAUCUCAGGACUAGAAGCUGUGCGCAACUACCGUGUCUGGGAAUGGCUCAUGGCACUCUAAAUAUAUAUCCACUGUACAAUACAGUAAGCUGUGGUUUUUUGAAGCCAAUCUACUUUAAGAAGAUGAAGGAGCAAGGUAGCUGCGGAUUUUGACUCACUCUUCACGUUGCCAAGAAGAAUCUGAAGCUGUUCUUUGUUAAGGACUUGGGGUUCGCAGGGUUUCUCUCGUGUAUUGCUGGUCUGUCACCAGCUGGGGUUUUGUUCCUACUAGCUGACAGAUAAUCUUGUCUGUGAACAUUGUUUCAUGAAUUCGAAAAUUUACUAUGAAGUUUAGUUUCCCAAACAGAGCCUAUAAAUCA